AUGGCGGCUUCCAUUUCGGGUUAUACGUUCAGUUCCUUGUGUUACCACAGCGCUAAUAGUAACUCAGAUCACGAAGGUUUUCUGCUGGGCGAAGUCAGGCAAGAAGAGUCUUUCUCUAUAAGUGAUUCUCAGAUUAGUAACACAGAACUACUGCAAGUUAUAGAGAUCCAUAAACAUGAGCCAUGUACAAAGUUAUUCAGUUACUAUGAUUACGCUGGCACUGUCAACGAGGAAAGGCUUGAUCAGAUUCUCAAAGACAGACGGAAAAACGUGAUUGGCUGGUACAAGUUUAGAAGAAACACGCAGCAACAAAUGUCAUACAGAGAACAGAUUUUGCACAAACAGCUGACUCGUAUCCUCGGAGUACCUGACCUCGUCUUCCUUCUCAUCGGCUUUAUCUCAACUGCCAACACUUCCACUCAUGCCUUGGAAUAUGUGCUUUUCAGACCUAAUCGCAGGUAUAACCAGAGAGUGUCUCUUACAAUUCCAAACCUGGGCACAACCAGUCAGCAGGAAUAUAAAGUGACGUCAGUGCCAAACACAUCUCAGAACUAUGCCAAAGUGAUCAAAGAGCAUGGUACCAAUUUUUUUGAUAAAGAUGGUGUGAUGAAGGACAUCCGAUUAAUUUAUCAGGUUUAUAACGCUUUGCAGGAAAAGGUGCAGGCUGUGUGUGAGGAGGUGGAGAAAAGUGAGAGGAUUGUUGAAUCCCAUCAACUAGAAGUAAAUGAGCUGCGAGCGCAAAUCGCCAAGAGGAAAGCGGAAAAGCAGCGUAAAGAAAACCUGUGUCAGUCCAUGUUAAUCCAGACAGAAGUGCCUGCAGAGAACAUGGUAACGUUUUUUUUUCCGGGGACAAUGAAGGUGCCACAUCUAGACCACAGGACCUGCUUCCACCACCUUAUUCAGAAGAUCGCAUCAAUGCGGAUGACGGUGUGGAUAGCCCCCCUGACAUGCCAAGGCCGCAGGCCGUGGGCUCAGCAUGCCGCCUCCUUCAGGGGAUCAAAGACGGCGUUCAAGGUGCCUCUAAGACAUCCGUGAAUGAAGACACAGACAACUCACAGAGCGAACAUAAAAAACUGCGGCAUCGUUCAGAUUCCCCUGACAGCGAGAUGGCAGAGGAUCAGACAUACCAUGGCAGCACACAGCCGGACGGAGAGUUGGCACAACAGUGA